CAAAAACGUUUCUGAAUCGACCGGACAUUAUGUAAAUAACACUAAAUGAAAGAGUAUCUGCAUCAUAGAUUUUAAGUAGAAUGUGAACCAAGUGUUUCAACUACUAGUAGAAGUCCGGUCAAGUGGAGUUGCCCGAAACAUCGCAAUAAUAUGAAGAGUACCAGUGAACACCAGGGAGCACUUUCAGUGAUUUGAUGACCAUGAGACGGAGCCCAAGGAGACCCCUGAUCCUCGGAAGAAGAAAGUUGCCUUUCCAGCAAAAUGAUCCUCCAGCAGCCGAGCCGCAGAGCCAAGCUGAUGCUUCAACCCUCAAAGAACCUCCAAAAUCAUCUGCCAGUCAGAGCCUCCCUGAUGGCAUCUGCAUUAUGGAUCACCCCUCCAUGUCUGACACACAGGUGGUCGUCAUCCCCAAAACGGCAGACCUUCAAGGUGUCAUCAGGGCCCUCACGGCCAAAGGCAAGGAGUGUGGUGUCCAGGGGCCAAACAAGUUCAUCCUUCUGGGUGGGAAUGGCGGCCGGGAUGGUGGAUCUUCAUGUCAGGCUGCUGCUGACGGGGAUGACGCCUCCACAGCUGGACAGCCAGUGGAAGCAGAAGCUAUGUUCAGCUCCCCAGAUGCUAAACCUCUCGCUGGAAUUAAAGCAUUGAAUAAGGAGCUGGAGUGUGGCCCUUUAGAUGACAGCCUCACCGAUAUUCAGUGGCUGGGCCGAAAGAACACAUGCCCCAUCAAACCAGAUCCUGCCAAGCAGACCGCCAACAAGGAGAACCAAACACCCUCGCAGUUACAGACUCUUCAGCAGCCCAUGUCAGAGAGGCCACCAUUCUCCUACAUGGCCAUGAUCCAGUUUGCAAUCAACAGCCGAAAGACCCGGAGGAUGACCCUGAAAGAGAUUUACAUGUGGAUCGAGGACCACUUCCCUUACUUCAGAGAGGUGGCCAAACCAGGAUGGAAGAAUUCCAUCCGCCAUAACCUCUCUCUAAACGACAUGUUCAUUCGUGAGAUGUCAGCGGAUGGGAAAACUUCUUUCUGGACAAUCCGGCCUGACGCCAACCGAUGCCUCACUCUUGAUCAGGUGUACAAGCCUGGUUGUGACCCAAUGACCGCUCCUGUUCCUGUGCCAAUGCUUUUAUUACCCAACCAAACUCAAAGGAGGAUCGUUCCUGAUGCAAGAAAGACGCCGACUAGCUCUGAGAGAAGGAUGAAGCCUCUUCUCCCUCGAACCGAUUCCUACUUGGUUCCCAUCCAGCUCCCAGUGGCCUCCUCUGUCUACCUGCCGUCCUCGUCGGCCCCGUUUCCCCCGUCCAGCUCGCAGCAGAAACAGAACACUUCGCGAGGAGCCAAGAGAGUGCGGAUAGCUCCUAAGGUGACACAAAGUGACGCCCCAGCUGUGGUAAUGUAUCCUCAGAAGAAUAAAGACCUCAAGGUGGAGGUGAAGGAGGAGCCGAUAUGCGUCCCCAUUAAAUGCGAGACUCCCAAAGCCCCCCCAAAGAGACAAGCCAGCAGCUCCAGACGCAAACAGCGCCUGGUUCACUCUCAGCACGAGGAGCCCAUCCUCCUGUGCCUUGACAAUACUUUGUUUGACUCUGGCGUAGCCUCUGACGCCUCAACUUUCCAGGACGCGCGAGACACCGAGCCGGACGAGCCCGAGCAGGAGCAGCAAAGCCCCGAUCGGGACUACUCCUUCAAGACCCCCAUAAAAAGUAGCAGCCACCUGACCUCCUCCACGCCUAGUAAGCCUCCCUCUCAGGUCUUACCCGAGCCGUGGAAAGUGACCCCUGUGGGCAAAGAGAGCCAAAACAUACUGGACUUCAGCCCCAUCCGCACACCAGGCGGCCCCGUGGUCACACCGCGGCAUGACUACACCACCUUCAACUUCAACAGCACUCCGUUUAAAGAGUUGCCUCUGUUUAACUCCCCCAGAGAGCUGCUCACGUCCGCUCCCUCCAGAGUGACCGGACUGAUUGACUCUCCCAUCGAGUACCACAGAGGCAGCUGCUCCAGCGAGCUGCUUCAGGGACCCACUAACUGCUCGGUCACAGAGGGCCUGGCCCUGGAUACAAUGAACGACAGCCUGAGUAAGAUUCUUGUGGACAUUAGCUUCACUGGUCUGGAUGGUGAGGACUUGGGUAUGGCCAAUAUCAGCUGGUCUGAGUUCAUUUCUCAGUUUAACUAGCCGGAGGGACAAAACGCAUUUCAUGCACAGGGACGUGUCAUGUUUUCCAAAACACUAUAGGAGAAAAUGGGAAUACUGAGGGGAACACUUUUAGUUUCCAGGUUGUCGUCCUUCACGUAAGACGUUCCUCUCCACCUACUUUCUGAUUGGUUUCAUCACUUAUUAACAGCUUCUUUUCGUCACUCUUAUUUCUAUCUGUAAAACUUGUUUGCUUUAAUCAUUUCUCCUGUCAUAUCUGUCCGUACUCUUGAAGGAUUUGCUAGAGAAAUAUGUCUGUAUGUAUGUACAUAAACACCAAUGUAUGUCGAUUUGCACAUUUUAAUAUAUAAUUUAGCUUUUGCAUAUGUAAAUGAGAAAACAAUAUAUUCCCUGAUAAGCCAGCGAGAUGCUUGGGCGGCCUCUUGGAAACAACUUGUAGAUUGAGAUGCAGGAUUGUUAGCAAUAAAAAAAGGCAAAGUAAUACACAUAGCACUAACAGCAGUAGGAUUGUGUCUGUACAUUAAUCAUAGAACCGUCUUCACCACUUUGAAACCCUGAGUGUUCAUCAUUAGUAUGCCAUCAGUGGGCACUUUGUUCCUGCAGAGGGACAUUUGCAUGCAGUGACUCCUCAUAUCAACCGUAUUUUAAGGCAGUCUUUGGGAACAAAAUGCUGAAUAUUUUGUUUUAGUUUUCAGUUAAAAUGACAGAUUUCUUUUUACAUCUGUAAGCACAAAUAGGACAUCACGGUUCCAAGCGUAACAUUAUUUGUAGCACCGUCUUUGAAAGGCAGAAUGGGAGGUUUACCCUUCUUUUUUAAAAUGCCACAAAAUAAUGUACGGCUUUGAUAAUUCCCUCAGGUUUGUGUGUUUUUAUAUCUGAGAGGUUUUCCAUUGCAGUUGGUGCUGGAUGGCAUGCGAGUGUGAAAUGUUGUGGUUUCCAGCGAAACUGUUUUCAAAGCAUGUGCCUUGUUUUUCUGAAGUUGGUGUUUCUGUGACUCUGCAAUAAAUCUGCUGGUGUUGACGCCUCAAACGGGACAAAAGGG